CAUUUUAAUGCCAUAAGAAAUAAGCACUUGAUAUCAUUCUGCGUAUCAGUGAGUUCAGAAACACAGAAAAACAAUGGGUUUUCGCUUACCUGGUAUAAGACGAUCAUCAUUUAGUGGAAGCCAAACAUCCUCUUGCAAGGAUGCAGAAGUCCCAAAAGGGUAUCUUGCUGUGUAUGUUGGAGAGAAAAUGAAGAGGUUCUUGAUACCAGUGCUGUUCUUGAACGAGCCUUUAUUUCAAGAAUUGCUCCGACAAGCUGAAGAGGAGUUUGGUUACUGUCACCCCAUGGGUGGUCUCACUAUUCCCUGCGAGGAGACUGUGUUCUUCAACGUAGCUUCUCGCUUGAACCAGCUAUAAUUCAUGCAACAAAACAUCCUUAUUAUCACCAAAUAGACUAAUUGAUACAACUUGUGCAUUAGGUUUUUCUUUUCAGUUUAAUUACUGAAUAUGAACCUUAUGAACCUAUGCUAUGAAGUAAUUCUAAAUAAAGUAUAAAGCAUGUGAGUUUAACUGUGUCACAUAGCUAUAUUAGUAAUCUAUUGAAUAUAUUGAAAUCACCCAGAAGACUCAACUAGAAUUUAAGUGUACUUUUCUUUAACUUAUGCAGAACUCUGAUUUUGCUUUUCUAAACUUGAG